CUGAAUUCGAUUUUCGGAGAUUGUAGAUCUGCAUGUAGUAAUAAUGUUCUCUGUACUCGUCGAAAUGAGGCAGAUGUUGCGGAAAUUGGUGAUGGAAUUAUGAUUUUGUAUCAUUUGAAUUGCAGAUUGACGUCUGGAUCCAUAGUGAAUGAUGCUGUCAGAGAAACUGAUUAUGUGCAAUACAAAGUCUGAAAUUUAUAUGCUCGUCAGAUCAUUGGUCAGAUAGUUGUGCAACAUGAUCAUGCAAUGCCAGUUCGAUCCUACGCGAAAGAAGCUGCACCUUCUGGUUUACCACCCCUCAAAGGAGAUGAAAUGUUGAAGAGCAUCUUUUAUGAGGUCAAGAACAAAUUUGAUAUUGCUUUUGGUGUACUUCGGAAGGAAAAGAUCACUAUUGAUCCUGAUGAUCCUGCAGCUGUUUCAGAGUAUGCAAAAGUUAUCAAGACAAUAAGAGAAAAGGCGGAUCUAUUCUCAGAAUCUCAGCGGAUUAAAUACACAAUUGAACAACAAACACAAGGCAUUCCUGAUGCUAGGACAUACUUGUUGAUGUUACAAGAGAUACGGAUCAAGAGUGGCCUUACAGAUGAUCUUGGUGCUGAGACAAUGAUGAUGGAAGCUUUGGAGAAGGUCGAGAAAGAGAUAAAAAAGCCACGGCUGAGGUCAGACAAGAAGAACAUGGCUCUUCUGUUAGCCGAGUUUGACAAGAUUAACCAGAAGCUGGGCAUUCGAAAGGAAGAUCUUCCUAAGUAUGAAGAAGAGUUGGAACUUAAAAUUGCUAAAGAGGAUUUGCAGGGUCUGAAGAAGGAUGUUUUGGAAGCAAUGGAAACCCACCUUAAGAGGGAGGAAUUCAAGGACGAGAAGAUGAUUAACGUGAAAUCAUUGGAUAUUAGGAAUUUCAUUUAAGGUUUUUCCAAAAUUGUAUUGCCAAUACUGGAAGGCUAGGCCUCUUUCUUUGUGUUUUCCAUGCUUUCAAAGAAUUUGAGCUGCUACACCAGCAAUUUACAUACAGUGCUCGUUAUGAACGUCCUUGCACUUUGUCUGUUUGCCUAAUAAUAAGCAGUUGAAUGUGCUACUUAGCAAUGCCUUACUGAGCUGGACCAUGGUCAGCUCAGAUACAUAUUUGUAAUUUUGGGUUCAUAGUGGUGGCCGAAUCACUCAAUAUAUUUUUUUGA